AAACAACCUUUUUUAUUUUCUAUUUUUUCCAUUUCAUUUUCAUUUUCAUUUAUUUCCCUCCUUUGCUUUCACCACUGAAAAUACUCUGCAACUUUCUUGUGUCUCUAAACACUCACUCACUCACGCACUCCCAUCUCUCCUCUUCCAUUUGUCAGUACCUUUCACUUUCUUCAAACAAAUCCCUAAACUUUUCCCCUUAGAAUCUUCUUCUUCUUCUUCUUCUUCUUCUUCUUCUUCUUCUUCUUCCUCCUCCAUUUCCAAUGAUUGGUAAUGUCAAGCAUUCUCAUCCCUUACUAACUCUCAAGGAAUCUACUUUCCGUUUUCUCUCAUCCCUUCCCACUUCUCUUCUUUCUCUUCUCCUUCUCGUCCUUUUGGCUUACAAUGGCCUUCAUGUUUUCUGUUGUUCCCCACCCUUGUCGGAGAAGACGCCACAUCCCGCUGCCUUCUCGCCGGAAAAACGAUGGUCCAACCUUUCUUCUUCCGUUUCCACUUCAACCCAUGUUCUUUUUUCCGUCGAAGAAAACCACCCACCGCCGACUUUAAAAUCAAAUUCCUCUAUCUUUCAUCAUCCCCACUUCAAAACCCGACGCGGUGAUGACUCUGCCAGCCGACUGGCGAAGAGGGUCGGGAAGCAUAAGCGCCGCCUGAGAAGUCUCCGGCCUGAAUCAAGAGAAAACGAAUUUUCAGCAAGGAUUGAAGAGUUCUUUGCUGCAAAUUCAUGUAAGCUUCGAUUCUUCAUGACUUGGAUUUCGUCAUUGAAUUCUUUUAGUGACAGAGAAUUAUGGGCAAUACAGAGCGUAUUCAAAGUCCAUGAACAUGGAAAUCCCUGUUUGGUCAUCGUCUCAAAUUCCCUCGAUUCCACAAAAGGGAAACAAAUUCUCAGCCCAUUCUCGGAGAAGGGAUUCUCCUUAUUCGCAAUUUCGCCGGAUUUCGAUUCAAUAUUCAGAAACACCGAAGCAGAGCCAUGGUUCAAUCUACUCCGGCAAGGAAUCAUAAAACCCGGCGAAAUUUCUUUGGGUCAAAACCUCUCAAACUUACUCAGAUUGGCUCUAUUAUACAAAUUCGGCGGCAUUUACAUCGACGCCGAUGUGAUAAUCCUAAAGAACUUCACAAAUCUCCGAAAUGUAAUUGGGGCUCAAACCAUCAAUUUGAAAACAGGGAAUUGGAGCAGAUUGAACAACGCAGUGAUGAUCUUCGACAAAAAUCACCCACUUCUUCUUCAAUUCAUCCAAGAAUUCGCCACAACAUUCGACGGAAACAAAUGGGGACACAAUGGACCGUAUUUAGUAUCGAGAGUGAUAUCACGGUUGAACCAAAAUCCUGGGUUUAAUCUGACUGUUCUUCCUCCAUCGGCGUUUUACCCUGUUGUUUGGAACAGAAUCAAAUCUCUGUUUCAAGGUCCAAAAGAUGCAGUUCAUUUGAAAUGGGUAAUUGCGAAACUGAAAUACAUUCGAUCCACUAGUUUGGCUCUGCAUUUGUGGAACAGCCAUAGCCGAAAGCUUCAAGUUGAAAAGGGGAGCAUUGUCGAUAUUAUAAUAACGAUGAAAUCAUGAAAUUAUAUUAUAGAGUUCAAAACUUCGAGUAUAAUUUUCUGGGAGAUCUUUUUGUACUUUGUUUCUGAAAAGUGCAAUGUAAUAAUAAUGCAAAGAAAAGGUGUGAAAUUUAGACAGCAAA